AUGGACGCCUUCUUCGUCAUCGCCUCUCCCAUCCCCGUCGACGAGCCCACCGUUGAGGACAUCCUCGUCGACCGCGAAACCGGCUCCGGCGGCGACCACUCCACAACACCCCCACUCGCCAUGCGCGCGCACCCCGUUCUUCGCUUACGACUCCGGCCUUCGCGCCUUCACGCGUCACGAGUACCCACGACCGGCCCCGCGCUGCACCUUUUUCGUUCCCGCCGCGGCCGCCGCACCAUCCUUCACGCCUUCUUCGAGCUACAUUGCGACUAA